AUCGCCCCCGGGAGCCGGGAAGGCGGCGGCGGGCGCGCCGUUCGGCUGCUCGGGGAGGCGGCGGUGGGGGGUGGGGGGGGCCGCUCGCUCGGCGCCCGGCCGGGCAUGUGAAUGGCGUUGGGGCUGCGCGGCGGGACCGACAUGGAGUGGGAGAAGCUGCCGCGGCGGGGCGGGGAGGGCGAGGGGGACGCGGCGGGGCCCUGGCCGGGCUGCGGGCGGCCGCGGCCCUCCUCGUACCGGGCGCUGCGCAGCGCGGUUUCCACCCUGGCGCGCAUCGACGACUUCUACUGCGAGAAGAUCGGGGCCGGCUUCUUCUCCGAGGUGUUCAAGGUGCGGCACAGGCAGUCGGGGCAGAUCAUGGUGCUGAAGAUGAACAAGCUGACCAGCAACCGGGGCAACAUGCUGCGGGAGGUGCAGCUGAUGAACCGCCUCUCGCACCCCAACAUCCUCAGGUUCAUGGGGGUGUGUGUGCACCAGGGACAGCUGCAUGCGCUGACAGAGUACAUCAACGGUGGGAACCUGGAGCAGGUGCUAGACAGCCCUGUGCCCCUCUCCUGGUCUGUGCGUGUCAAGCUGGCCCUCGACAUCGCCUGUGGACUGCGCUACCUGCACUCCAAGGGCAUCUUCCACCGUGACCUCACUUCCAAGAACUGCCUGGUGCGCUGCGAGGCCAGUGGCUACACGGCUGUAGUGGGUGACUUCGGCUUGGCAGAGAAGAUUCCCACCUACAGCGAGGGCAGUGAGAAGGAGCCGCUGGCUGUGGUGGGUUCCCCGUACUGGAUGGCGCCUGAGGUGCUGCGAGGGGAGGUCUACAACGAGAAGGCCGAUGUCUUUGCAUAUGGCAUCAUCCUAUGUGAGACCAUCGCUCGCAUCCCUGCAGAUCCUGACUACCUGCCCCGCACCGAGGAUUUUGGCCUGGACAUCACCACUUUCCGCACCAUGGUGGAAAUCGACUGCCCAGCAGCCUUCCUCCAGCUGGCUUUCCACUGCUGCAAUAUGGAUCCCACCUCCCGCCCUUCAUUCCUCGAAAUCACCCAGUGCCUGGAAGGCAUCCUACAGCACCAGAUGGGCACCCAGGGUGCCGGGGCCACCCUUUUCGGUGGAGGAGAGAGCCUGCCUGUGACUGGGACGGUGUCCAGAGUCAAUGAGGUGGCCGGGAUGGCGGCCGGCCGUGCCGAGCAGUCGCCACUGCGGGAGCUGGGCCCGCAGCACCUGCAGCCGGACCAGCGCCUGUCCCGCAGCCACUCCGACAUGUUCUCCCCCAAAUCACGCGCCCUGCUGCACCCCGCGGAGCCUCAUGGCGGGGCCCGGACCAAGGAGGCGUCCGCCCGCGUCAACCCCUUCUCCCAGCGCGAGGACCUGAAGGGGGGAAAGAUCAAGCUCUUCGACACGCCGAGCAAGUCGGUCAUCUCCCUCACCUUGGACCUGCCGCCCCCGGCCUCUCUGGAGCUCAGCAGCCCCAUAACACCCGACCCCGCCGUGGAGGUGCAGUGUGACUUCUCUACGCCCACUGCCGCCCCCCGCAAGUGCCACUCGCUGCCCGCCUCCCCCGAGCUGCCGCGCCGAGGGGGCCUGGCUCUGGGCAUGGGGUACUCCCAUCCUGCCAGUGACCUCCAGCCCCCUGCCCGGGGACCGGCCUCCUCGCGGAGCCCCGGGCCGGAGGAGCAGAUGGACUGCGGCUCCGACAGCCCCGAACCGCUGCAGCCCCCGCCGCCGCCGCCGCCCCCCGCCAACGGCAACUUCAUCCGCACGGCAUCUUCAGGUGCCCAGACCUGGCAGCCGGAGCCGCGAGCCCCCGGCAGACUGCUCUUCAACAACAACCACGUGGUGGUCAGCAAACCCCUGGCUUGGGGCAGCGGGCUGGAGCACGGCUUCUCCGAGCUGAGCAUCCCGUGCGCGGCGGCGCUGGAGCGGACAGAGCGCACUGCCAUGCUGCCUGGGCACAGCUCUGGCACCGUGGCAGAGCAGGACGAGGUUCUGCCCUGCCCCGGCUGCUGCUUGGGUCCCUUCAGCUUCAGUUUCACCUCUGUCUGCCACCGGACGGCACCCAGCCCGCCGCGCUACCAGAACCUCAACUGCGAAGCCAAGAGCCUCCUCUGUCACGAUCGGGGCUGCCACCAGAAAGGCCCGGAGCCCGUGCUGGCAGAGCCCAGCCUGAAGCUGCCGGAGGCACAGUCCUAGUGCUGGCAAUCCUGGGGAGCAGGGCUACGUCCAGCCACGGGCAAUAACACCCCUGCCCCGAGCGCGCUCCAGCACUGCCCCAGGCGGCAGGGCUGGUCCCCUGCGGGGCUCUGAGCGCUGCGGGAGAUGCCAGACCCCCCCUUCCCCCGGGCUCACCCUUCUCUGGGCUCUCACAGAGGGGUGUGCAAUGAGCCUGGGCCCCCAGGAGAACUGGGAAACCCCCAAGACCUCCCCCAAGACCCUGGGGGGAUGAGCGAGGCUGGACUGGGGGCAGAGGGGUCAACGUGUGUAUGUAUGUGUCGGGGGAUUCUGUGGGGCUGGGAUGUGUGCCCAUGCUUCCCCCUGCAAAGCGUGGGGAGCACCGCCAGUCCCUGCCCCGGGGUGGGGGGCAGCGUGCAAGGGGCAGGAGAAGGGCAAUGCCAGUGGGGAAGUGCACGAGGAGGAUUGCCAGCACAGGGUCAGCCCUGCCUACCCAGGGGAUAAGGGGCCAGAGGGCAGCCUGGCCAGGCUGCCCAGCCCCUGGCAAGGGUGGGAGCCGGCUUUCCUCCCUCCCACACAGUGCACUGGUGAAUGCAGAACUCUUGUGAUUUUUUUUUUAUUAUUAAUAAUAAUAAUUGCUAGUAAUAUAUACCCGGCUUAUUUAAAGUGUUCAUUAAAAAUUGAAUGUCCUAGCAA